GCGCCGAUGAUGUGGUCCACUUCCAGUGUCGCGAGGAGCGACGCGAGGGAGCCAUGUCCAAGGCGUGCGUGCGCGUGGUGGGCGCAGUGCUUGCCGCCUUGACCCUCUCCUGCGCGCUGCUGGGGGUCAUCGGCCAGGCCAACGCCACCUUCGACAUUGGCGCCAUGCACUACGAAGGCGAGGCUUGCUUCCACCUGCGGCACCGCAAGAUGGGCACGUGCGUCUACCUGCCGAGCUGCCCCACGGUGUACGCCGACCUGGACCGGCUCGUGUUCCCCCAGGUGUGCGGCUUCUCCAGCGGCAAGGGCCUCGUCCCCAACGUGUGCUGCAUCGGCGUGAACUACGCAGCCACCCCGCCACCGCCGCCACCGCCACCGCCGCAGUUCAGUAGCGGCUCCCCGGCCGGGUCCGGGGGCUUCGCGACGUUUGCUGGCUCCGUGUCGUUCGGAGCGUCCUCUACGUUCAACGGGUCACCAGGGUCCACCCCUACAAGGCCCCCUUCUUUCGGCGGGCAACCCAACUCAGGUGCAUCAUCUGGGUCCGCCGCCUCUAGUGGAACCUCUGCCUUCAAUACGCCCUCCACGUCAGGAGGAUCGACCGUGUUCGGAAGGCCUUCGUCGUCCGGUGGUUCAUCUACCUUUGGAGGAACACCUACGUCUGGUACGCCUGACUCUCCUCCAUCAGACGGAUCAUCUGCGUUCGGUGGAUCGUCUUCGUCUAGUGCCUCUGCGUCUUCUUCCUCCGAUGGACCAUCUACAUCUGGUGGCUCUUUCAUGUUUGGCACUUUACCUGGUGGUUCGUCCACCUCUGAAGAGUCGUCCAACUCCGACAGACCAUCUACAUCUGGUGGCUCGUUUAUGUUUGGUACACCUGGUGGUUCGUCUUCCUCAGAAGGAUCUCCUUCUUCUGGUGGCUCCUCUAUGUUUGGCGGAGCUGGUGGAUCCUCCUCCUCCGUUGGAUCCUCUUCCUUCGACGGCUCUGCUUCCGUCGAUGGUUCCUCGUCCUUUAGCGGGGCCUCCCCGUUCGCUGGUGCCUCUGGCGGGGCGUCAAGCUUCAGCAGGCCACCCAGGCCGCGGCCUUCCACCACGACGACGACCACCGAGAGCAUCCCGGAGUGGCCGUGGACGGAGCAGACGCCGCCGCUGCCCGCCAGUCCGCCACCCACGGAGCCCACGAGUCCGCCACCCACGCGGCCUCCGAGUCCGUCAACCACUCGCCCAACGACCCGACGGCCCACCGACAUGCUGCAGCUGUUGGGGCAGCAGCCACAGACGACGACGACGACGACGACCACGCCAGCCGAGGAGGAGAUGAUCGAAUUCCCCGACAGGGUGCUCACUACGACGGUGCCGCCGAGAACUACGACUAGGCCCAGAACCACAACCCCGAGGACGACGACGACCACCAGCACCACGACACCGAGGACGACCACCACCAGCACCACCACGACGCCUAGAAGCACCACUCCUCGCAGGACCACCACCACGCCGCCACCGCCCCGGCGGACGACGACCAGGCCGAGGCCGGCGAUGGUGGCGUCCAGGCCCAUCACGCCGCCGGUGUGCUACGCAGGGGACACCGCCGCGCCCAGCGACGGACCGGCGACGGCGGCCAUCUCGCUGUGGCGCCGGCCUUCAGGACUGGCCGCCCAGGGCGACGUGGACGUGCUGCCGCAGGACGCCGAUGAGCAGAGUGUCGAACCCGCGCCUUACCUGCCAGCCUGCUCCACGGAGGGCUGUGCGGGCUGGAGCACCGGCCGUUGGCGCAAAGAGCGGAGCGUGCCCGGAGACGGGUACCCGCUGGCCGUCGACGAGCAGGUGCGCGUGCGGCUCAGCACGGUGCGCGGCGGCCAGCUGUUCGUGGGGCUGUGCGCGGAGGCGGCGGGCUGCGCCGUCAUCGCCGUCCUGGGCGCCACCAACUCGUCCGGCUUGCGCUUCGAGACCCGCUACACCUCGACAGAGGACGUCGCGGACCCCAGGGCUCGCGUAGUGAGCAGGGCGCCGGCGGGCGGCUCCGCCAUGCUGCCGAGUGGCCGCCGCUACACCGUGGUGGUGCACCGGCGCUCGGGCCAGAGCCGCCACGACGGCUACCCCAUGGCGCUGGGCGAGCGCGUGGUGGUGCGCCUCGACGUGACCCGCGACGGCCUCCUCGACGUGGGGCUGUGCGGCGACCGCGGCUGCGGCGUCGUCAGGAUCACCGGCGUGGACGACAACACCAUGGGCUGGUCGUCCAGGAUCACGACCACCAACAGCGUGACGGAGGAGCGCGGCCAGACGCUGCAGCAGGCGUCGGGGCCCGGCUCCUUCCCCGUGGGCGGCAGCUUCUCGUUCGUGGUGCUGCGGCGCACGGAGUGGGCCCUGGACGUGUGGCUGGAGGGCGACGCCGAGCACAAGGCCACCGUGCCGCUGGAGCCGGACCGCCAGCGCCUCAUCGUGGACUCGGACGCGGGGAAGACGGCCUUCCUCCGCAGUGCGUACUUGCGGUGCCUCCCGACUUGCCGUCGCUGCCUCUUUCGCUAA